UUUUAUUUUUGUUUUUGGGAGCGUGAUCUGACCGUUGCCCUGCUGGCCGUGGCAAGGACCAGAAAAAUGGACCGUUGCAGCAGUCAGGUGUUCCAUAUCCAAAUAAAUAGAGGGAUCCUCCUCCAUCUUCGGCCAUCAAAUCCAACUAAUUAAUCUGAAAAAAGCUCUUCCAUUUCCAGAUUCUCGAAUUUCUAAGCUCGUUCUCGUUUUCGUUCUGUUUUGCUCGACUGCAAUUUCUGUUUUUUUUGUUUUAGUAGGAUUAACACACGACUGUUAAUUUUAUCUUUUGUGCAAACUAAUAUUUGUAUCUCAGUUGAAAUGGCAGGAUACAAGGAUGCUCAUGUCGUCGAAAUCCCAGUCGACGAAGAGCAUCGUCAUCAGCAGAAAAUGCGCACAGUGCUUGAUGAUGCCAUCCAACACCACCCCCUAAUGGAAAUCUCCCGUAGCCCCGGCCACCGCCUACUUCUGAAGUUGUGGCAGAGAGAAGAAGACCUCUUCGGCCGCCGGAUCGCCGCCAAGGAGACCCGACUCGACACCAUCAGAAGAGAAAUCUUCCAGCUCUGCUGUUUUUUCUUCAUCUUCCACGGGCUUUGCUCCACAAUCGUGUUCGGAUCUUCCGGGAAGCACGAGACUUGCCGGAAAUGGUGGAUUCCGUCGAUUUUGUCGGUCUCGACUUCGAUUGCGAUUGUGGGUUUAGUUCAGGUGAAGCUAUGUUGGUACUGGAAGGUGUGGGGACAGCUGCAGAGGUUGAGGAACGAUAACAGAGCAGUGGGGAGGUGUAUUCAGGAACUGAGGAUGAAAGGGGCGAGCUUCGAUCUGUCGAAGGAGCCUCAGAACGGGAGGAGGAUGAAGAGCUCCAGUGUCGAAAUAAAAUGGAAGCCACUUACCUGGUGUUCUCAGAAUCUGAUUUCAAUUUGUCUUGUUUGCUUUGCAGGAUUGGUGUCUCCGGCUUCCAAGUUCAUCAUCUGCAGCUCGUGAUUUUGCUGUGAACCUGAUCUGGUGAAAUCAGGGUAUUUCCCCAGUGGGAUCAUAGUGCUGCAACUUCCCUAUUUCCUGCUUCCAAAUUGGUUGCUGUCGGUUGUGGACCUGCCGCACUUAAGGUCCGCCCUCGAAGCUGGAGCAAGCAGUAAGCUCAUGACACAAAUUUAGGGAACAUAUAUUAGGAAGCAAAAAAAAGAAAAGAAAAAAAAAAGAAAAGAAGAGAGAGAGAGAGAGAGAGAGAGAGAGAAGUAUCUGCAGCCAGAAUUCUUUAGCAAGACCCCGAGCAUUUUUGUCAAAAUUCUGUGGGGGUAAAAUCCGGUCCAGUUCUAAAGAGAUACAAAAGAAAAUUGGGGCAGACGUUGUUGAUAUGUAGCUCAUGUUGAGGGGAAUGCAUGCGCUGGGAAAGUUUCGUGAAGUAAAGAAUAAGGAAGCUGGGCUGUAAGAAGAAAUCGUCGACUAUUUAUUUGACAGUAUGAUCGACGGUUUUGGUCUCGAGAGAUAACCAUCGACGGUUUCAGUAUGUAGGGGAACAACUCUCGGUAUUAAACUAUUGACAGUUUGCUGAAAUUGUCGAUGGUUUCGUUUGGCGCAGAUCAUGGAUUUGAAUCAAGAGAUCAGUAGAUUUGAAGGAUUUUCUUUUGAGAUUUACUACAGAAGUGUUUUAAAUGCAUUCUAAGUCUUUUGUACAUUUUGACGAUUUGAUAGUGAAAAUCAACCACUUGCUCUCGUGGACGUAGGCACAUUGCCGAACCACGUAA